UUCUCCUGCUGAGAGUGACGCCAUCGUCUCUUCUCCUCCAACUUUGCUUGUUGCCAGAGCAGGCAGCCGAGCUGGACGCUGGCUCCAUGUCCACGCCAACACUUCCGCGCACCUCGUGACGAGGAUGGUCAGCCUUUCUCUCCAUCGGACGCCCCGAUGUCGCUCAGCCCGCUCCACCAAGGCGUGAAUAUCUCUUCCUGAGUAGAGGUGGAUCUUCCCGGAUACGGCGAGAGGGGGAGAUCUUUUUUUUUUUGAUCGUGUAUAUAAAAGAGAAAGAGGAGUUUCUCGGAAAUCCCCGCAGAUUUUUUUUUUUUGGUCCAAGUGCAAAAAUGCCACGGAGGAAACAAGAAGCGCCCAAACGCGCGGCAGCCUAUUCUCCCGAGGAGCUGACAGAGCACCCCGUGCAGGAGGGUGAGGUGGAAGCCGACGACCCGCCCACGGCCCCUCAGGAUGACCUUCCCGUAAAAGAUGGUUUUGUGGAGGAAAGCAAGGAGCCUGCCAAUGACCAGGCAUGUGACCAGGAAUCAACUGGGGCUGCCGAACUGUCGGGCCCAGAGAUGGACAGUGAGUCUCACAUGAGUGAGACAAGCGACCGCCUCUCAGACUUUGAGAGUCCGCCAAGAAAACCUGAGGGCAACUUGGUCCCAGCACCCGUGAACGGUGCUGUUGAGACACCCCCUAUAGGGAUGGACACUUUGGAACAUAUGAAGGCUAUCUACUCGAGCUUCUUGACCAGCCCCCUCUGGUCACCACUGAACUUGAAUUCUACACAGACACCUACUCCUGCUGAAAAGCCGACCCGGAGCAACAGCACCAGUAGCAGCAGUAGCUCAAGCAGCGGUAGCUAUGACUGGCACCAGUCUGCAGUAGCAAAGACACUUCAACAGAAUCCUCCCCAAAACCGCCACCCAGUUCAAUCUGAGCCCAGUCUCUUCAGUACAGUCCAGCUGCACCGGCAGAACCCCAAACUGUUUGGCUCAAUAUUUACUGGAGCUAGUAAAUUCCGCUGCAAGGGCUGUAGCGCUGCUUAUGACACUCUUGUUGAGCUGACAGUUCAUAUGAAUGACACCGGCCACUACCGCGAUGAUAACCAGGAUAAGGCCGGAAGUGGCGCUAAGCGCUGGUCCAAACCACGAAAGCGAUCACUUUUGGAGAUGGAAGGAAAGGAAGAUGCUCAGAAGGUUUUAAAGUGCAUGUACUGUGGCCACUCCUUUGAGUCACUUCAAGACCUGAGUGUCCAUAUGAUCAAGACUAAACACUACCAGAAAGUGCCUCUGAAAGAGCCCAUGCCUCCUGUGGCAGCUAAAAUGAUGUCCUCUAAGAAAAGAGGCCUUGUAGGUUUAGACCUGUCUGGCUCGUCCCGUCAGAGAGAAGUAACCCCCAAAGCGAAGCACUUGCAGGUCGAACAGUGCGAACCAUCACAGAAAUCGUCCUCCAGCCCCUGCACCUCCCCAAACAACAGAUUUGCCCACCAGAAUGGCGCCAGCUACGCCUGGCAGUUUGAAUCAAACAAAUCUCAAAUCCUCAAAUGUAUGGAAUGUGGAAGUUCCCACAAUACGCUUCAAGAGCUAAGGUCCCACAUGAUGGUGACGGGACAUUUCCUACGGGUUACAAACUCUGUGGGGAAGCGAGUCAAAACAGUUGCUGAAGCAACCUCCCCAAACCCGGUCAGGGUAACGACACCCACAGAGCAGAGGGUGCAGUCUGUUCCACUCGCACCAUCAACCUUCUCUUCUCCGCCUUUACAAACAAACACGUCUCCAGCGACAUCCCCUCCCCUGAAAGAGAUCAAGAAGGAGGAAGUUGAAGAAGAGUGCACUAAGAUUGUUGCUACUGAGAUUGAAAAGCAAGCGCUGAUUCCAAUAAGAAAGGAGGAAGAUUCUGAGCUAGAGGAGAAGUGUGACAUCUCAAAGUACAAUUACUUGACUGAAGAAGAUUUGAAGGAGAGCCCCAAAGGUGGUUUGGACAUUCUUAAAUCACUGGAAAACACUGUGACGUCAGCCAUCAACAAGGCCCAGAGUGGGAAUCCAAGCUGGGGUGGCUACUCAAGCAUACAUGCAGCUUACCAGUUUCCCAGCUCCCUCAAGCACCCACAAGGAAGCUUGGAAAAGAAUUCCCAGAUGAAAUUCUUGUUUAAUGGGGAGGAUGCCAUCAUGUCUUCCCUCACCAAGAGCCAGCCACUUAUUUCACCACCCCUUGGUCAGUCUUCCCCUUUUCCGAGCAACAAUUUUCAGGCCAUGGAGGAUUUAGUCAAGAAAGUAACUGAGAAGGUAGCAAAAGUAGAGCAAAGAGUGAAGCAGAUGUCUCCUAAGAGAGAAGCAACACUCUCUCCUUGUGGCAGCGACUCUGGGGAGUCUCACAAUGGUGGAGAAGAGGAUUCACCAAGGGAAUGGAGGGCGGCCACCCCAGCCAAUAGUGACAAAGGAAGCCAUAGUGACAGAGCAUCCCCGGCAACGGAAACCAAGAGGGAGACUGCAGUCAAAUCCCUGCGAGCGUCAACACUAACCUGCAGUACAGCUAUUAUUACUGGUCAUGCUCCUCCUGAGCAGCCCUUUGUCAAUCCUCUAAGUGCUCUUCAGUCUGUAAUGAACAUUCAUUUGGGGAAAGCAGCCAAGCCCUCCUUGCCAAACCAAGAUCCCCUGAGUCUGCUGUCCAGGCUGAGCCAGAGCAUGGCGGAGAAGGCUGCUGUGGCCGCUCCUCCCUUGCAGGCCAAAAAGGCUGAAAGUGUGGUGGACAACAGCUACGGUCAGCCUUGUGAUGACCAGCCGAUGGAUCUCACCAAAGGGAAAAGUGACAAAGGGGGCUCUGUGGGAUCAGCUCCCCAAACACCCUCUUCCACUGCCUCCUCAAUCUCCCCCUCUUCUCUUGUUACCCCUGCAAAGCUAACAGUGGUGUCUCCGUACACAUCCAGCAGUCCUCUUCAUGAAAACGCUUUGUCUGAUAUCUCAGACAUGCUGAGGAACUUGACACAGUCCCACCAUGUCCCAAAACCCCCCUCCCGGUCCAAAGUCUCUGAUAAACCUGAGGUUGUCAUGUCCUCACACGACGACGACGACUCGUCCCAACACGGCCACAAACGCAAGGGUCGACACUCCAGCUGGAAUCCUCAGCACCUCCUUCUCCUCCAGGCGGAGUUUGCCUCGACCUUAAGGCAGACCUCCGAGGGGAAGUACAUCAUUAAUGACCUCAGCCCACAAGAGAGGAUACAUGUAUCCCGUUUUACAGGAUUGUCUAUGACCACCAUCAGCCACUGGCUGGCGAACGUAAAGUACCAGUUAAGGAGAACUGGCAGAACCAAGUUCCUGAAGAACUUAGACUCUGGUCAACCCACAUUCUUCUGCAGUGACUGUGCCUCACAGAUAAGAACCCCAGCAGCAUAUGUAUGCCACCUGGAAGCACAUCUGGGGUUCAGGAUCAGGGACCUGGCAAAGCUUUCUCCCAAGCAGACAGUCAGAGACUCUCACAGUGACAAAGUUGUGCCCCUGGAGUCGUACCUUUCCUCACAGUCACAAGAUGACUGCAGCAGUAAUGGGGCUGUGUACCGCUGCCAGCUCUGUGUUCGUAAAUUUGCCACUAAGCAUGCCAUCAAGCUCCACCUUAGCAAGAGCCACGGGAAAUCCCCCGAAGAUCACUUGCUCUACUUGUACGAAAUCGACAAACAUUGAAGGACUCUGGGUGGUGAUUGAGCGAUAAAACACGCUUAGAAGUUGUGGGGAUGCACAAGAAUCCACGAACUACUGCUCAAAAUGUCAGCACAAAGUGUUUACAUCUUAUCCACCAAUAAGCAUUUCUGGUUCAUCGGUAUUUCAAACAGACUUCGACUGGGUUAAAAAUACCGUGUCAAAGCUUUUCAGACCAAUGUUGUAUGAACACGGUUCCCGACAAGAGACUGUUCUAUGAACGUUGUGAAUUUCUUGACUAGAAGGUGAGCAAUUGACUUGAAAUAAAAGAACUUUAUUGUAUUUAUUUUGUAUUUUUGUGAGUUUUACCUUCAUUUGCUGGUAGACUGCAUGUUUAACUGUCACAUUUGUACAGUCCUGUCAAGAGUUACGUAUGUUCUCUUUUUUGGUUACAUUGUAAAACGGUCAAAUGCCUGGGAAACAUUUUUUUUAUAGAAACAGCAAGUCCAUUGCUUGUUUUUUAUAGUUUGGUCUUGUAUUUCAUAUUGAUUUCUUGCUGAUUGUAAAAGCUGCCUUGUUCUUUAUCAUGAAUGAGAGGAGGGUGAAAUUCAGGUCUGUGUAAAAACAAAAAAAAAUGGAUAAAAAAGACUGUAAAUAGAGUGUAUAUGCUUUAACUCUUGCUGUUUAAAUUAUGCAUACUUCUUAUAUUUCCUAAUUUAAGAGGACUAUGACUAUCCACUGGUGCAGAGCCUUUGAAGACGAAGAAAAGGACAAUGUUUUGCACAAUAGUUUUAUAAAUGUUAUUUGAUAAAAAAAAAUUCAAAUAUGUUAUUGCCUCGUGCUUCUAUGAUUAAA